GGGUCCACUUGGGACGGGUCCCUGGGUAGGUGAGGUGGGUAGGAGCUUGCUUAUAGAAAAGUGGAAUCGAGUCUUACUUGUUAGUGGAGCCGCUGCCGCCAGGGAACUCAGAGCCGGUUCCUGUUCCUUCAAGAGUGCUGGAGGCCAAACUUGAAAUACAAGUUUAAGCUUCCCCAUCUGGCAAAAGAUAAGGAUCCGAACUCCCCCGGCCCGGUGUGCAGCAGGAGCGACCAACCCCGACCCGGGUUAAAACUCCCAGGGACUCUUCGCUGCCGCCACCUCCUGUUCUCUCCCCACGUUCCCACUCGGGGUCUCCCUCAGGGCCGGGAGGCACAGCGGUCCCUGUUUGUUGAGGGGCUGGAUGUACGCACCCGCAGGUUCCCGCGGACUUGGGGGCGCCCGCUGAGCCCCGGCGCCCGCAGAGGGCUUGUGUUUGCCUCCUGCAGCCUCAACCCGGAGGGCAGCGAGGGCCUACCACCAUGAUCACUGGUGUCUUCAGCAUGCGCUUGUGGACCCCGGUGGGCGUCCUGACCUCGCUGGCGUACUGUCUGCACCAGCGGCGGGGGGCCCUGGCCGAGCUGCAGGGGGCCGAUGGCCAGCGUCCAGUCGACCGCAGCCUGCUGAAGUUGAAAAUGGUGCAGGUCGUGUUUCGACACGGGGCGCGGAGUCCUCUCAAGCCGCUCCCGCUGGAGGAGCAGGUAGAGUGGAACCCGCAGCUAUUAGAGGUCCCACCCCAAACUCAGUUUGAUUACACAGUCACCAGUCUAACUGGUGGUCCAAAACCAUAUUCUCCUUAUGACUCUCAAUACCAUGAGACCACCCUGAAGGGGGGCAUGUUUGCUGGGCAGCUGACCAAGGUGGGCAUGCAGCAGAUGUUUGCCUUGGGAGAGAGACUGAGGAAGAACUAUGUGGAAGACAUUCCCUUUCUUUCACCAACCUUCAACCCAGAGGAGGUCUUUAUUCGUUCCACUAACAUUUUUCGGAAUCUGGAGUCCACCCGUUGUUUGCUGGCUGGGCUUUUCCAGUGUCAGAAAGAAGGACCCGUCAUCAUCCACACUGAUGUAGCAGAUUCAGAAGUCUUGUAUCCCAACUACCAAAACUGCUGGAGCCUGAGGCAGAGAACCAGAGGCCGGAGGAAGACUGCCUCUUUACAGCCAGGAAUCUCAGAGGAUUUGAAAAGGGUGAAGGAAGGGAUGGGCAUUGACAGUAGUGAUGAAGUGGACUUCUUCAUCCUCCUGGACAACGUGGCUGCCGAGCAGGCACACAGCCUCCCAAGCUGCCCCAUGCUGAAGAGAUUUGCACGGAUGAUUGAAGAGAGAGCUGUGGACACAUCCUUGUACAUACUGCCCAAGGAAGACAGGGAAAGUCUUCAGAUGGCAGUAGGCCCAUUCCUCCAUAUCUUGGAGGGCAACCUGCUGAGAGCCGUGGAUUCUGCCACUGCACCCAACAACAUCAGGAGCAAGUGCCGAGAGGUUGCCCCGAUGGGCUCUGCCCGCUGGACGUGUUCUUGAACGCCAUGUCAGUUUAUACAUUAAGCCCAGGAGAAUACCACGCACUCUGCUCUCAAAGUCAGGUGAUGGAAGUUGGAAAUGGAGAGUAACUGAUUUAUACAAGCAGGAUGUGUUGAUUUUAAAAUAAAGUGCCUUUAUACAAUGCCUCCUGCUUUGUGUGUUUGGGAAGAGGAGAGAGCAAGGGGUAAUGUACUUUAAUAUAAGGUAAGGAUAUUUCCUUUCUGUGGGUAUAUUAAGGUUUCUUCCUGAAAGGAAAAGGGGUAUAAUAUUGACACCAAAAGGAUAUUUCUCUAUUUUGUGAGUUGGUUUCUAAGGUUAGAAGCAUCUGUGUGUGACACAGGCUGGGGACAUCGUGACCCUAUAGAAUUGUGUUGGUUUUGGACUUUAGUUCUUUUCUCCUAUAUUAAUUUCACAUGUAUUGAGCUACCUACUAAGUAGUGAUCAUUAUAAAGGUGAAAACAUUCUGCCCUUAAGUUGUUGCAGUCCAGUGGGACAGGCAGCUGAGUAGAUCAGUGAUACAGUGCAGUAUGUUUUAUGCUGUAAUAGAUAUUCGAGGGGCUAUUUGGGUAUAGAGAAGAAACUUCCUGCUCACAUGGCAGGGGAUGUGGGGAGCAGUCAAAGAAGGCUUCUAAGAUAGUCCUGGCCUGAUCUGAGUAGAGAAAGGUGGGUAGGAGUUAACCAGGAAAGCAAGGAGAAAAGCAUGUUGCAUGUAGGUAAACGAUAGGCUUCAAGGUCAAGGAACAUUGCUGGUGGUAAGAUGGAACCCUGAUGUGGAGGCCCAGCAGGAAGAAGCAGGAACCACUGGGCCCCUGGUGGUUUUAGUUCCAGAAACAAAUGCGGGCCCCAGGGCUCUGCAAUGGUAGGACUGGAACUACUGAACAUAAGAGCUCCACCUUCAACUGUGCCCCCUAAGAGUACCUGAUGAUCCCCCUAUCUCCUUGUCAAUGUUCCUGUUCUUCUCCAGAAUCUAUUUCAACCCUUCUCUGAUUUCAAACCACCAGUCCCUUUACCUCUCAGAGAAAACAGCAACCACAAAAGCCUCUCCACUUCCUACUAUCUUAAUAUUGACAACUUCUAGAUCAGGGAGCUGAGAUAUCUCAAGCUCAGGUUUCUCUUCUGAGCUUCAGACACUUUUGUCCACUUGGAUUUCACUGGCACAAAACUUGCCAUGAUGGAAUCAACCCCCUCUCCUCCCAGAUCUGCUUCUCCCACACACCUCCCUAUCUGAAUGAAAGACACCUCCACUGUCCACCCCGUUGCCAAAUCAGAAAUCUGUCUUUGUUUUCUUUGUCUUAUAUUUUCCUAUGUCUAAUCAGUUAAGUUUUAUCAAUACUACCUGUUUAUUUCUUUAAUCUAUUCACAUAUCUUUAUCCUCAAUCUUCAGUAUCCCCUUUCCAUCCUCAGUCUGCUGGUUGCUGUAUUUCUUAUUUUACUAAGAAACUAAAAGAGAUCAGAAGAAAACUUCCAUAUCCCCCAACACCCAACCACCAAAUCUGCUAACCCGGUUGCAUUGGUGCUUUUAUAGCCUUCCUUCCUCCCUCUUACUAAGAAUGAACCAACCCUAUUCCUAUCCAAGCCCAACCCUCUAGCUUUACAUUGACUCCUAUUAUCUUUUUUCUGGAUUGUCCAUUCUUUUCCUGACCAGUUAUUCUAUUAGCAAUACAAAUAUGUGGUAAAAUCUCCUGUCUUAAACUUUUUUCUCUGCAUCUUUGAACUGCUGUUCUCUUUUCCUUCUCCCCUUUAUAGCAGAACUCCUCAAAAGAGUUGCUACCUCUGAUGCUUCCCUUCCAGUUCUCUCAUGAACCAACUACAAUUAAGUAUUCAACCCCACCACUCCAUGGAAACUGCUCUUGUCAAAAUCAUCAAUGGCCUCUGUGUGGUAAAUCCAACAGCCAGUUUUCAUUCUUCUUACUAAACUUCUCAUCAGUAUUCCUAGACUAUUUCCUUCAUUGGCUUCUAGGACAAAUGCUCUCUUGGUUUUCCUCCAGUUUCUCAACUUUGUUCCUGUUGAAUCUACCUUUUUCUAAUCUGUAAGUGUUGGGGUGUUCCAGGGCUUACUCCUUGGACCUUUUUUCCACCUUUUCCCUUACACUCACCCACUAGGUGAUCUCAAGAAUUUCCAGUUUGAGGCUGGGCACAGUGACUCACGCCUGUAAUCCCAGCAGUUUGGGAGGCCAAGGCAGGCAGAUCACCUGAGGUUAGGAGUUCGAG